UCUCUCCUCACUUCUGUUUACAACCGUUCUGGGAGAAUCAUAAUUUCACAUCUGCUGUGCCGCCCUUAAUCCUUCAUCUUUUCCAUAUAACACUUCCCUACGGUUCUUGGCCGAGCCUGAUCUGAUAUCCUAAAUCAAGGAACCUUCCUGGGACCAUCAUCUGUAUUUCUGCCAUUCUCAUAAGCCUUCGGGAAACACGACGUCGAACCGGCAUUGAACCGUCAGAUUUGACCGAGGUCUAAGCACCAGAAUUGUAAACAUAAUCGUGGCAGAGAUAUGAGAUAUUAAGGUUGCUGGAUUAUGGUGGACAGGCCCAGAGGAUUCCUCGAACCCGGGAUAUCAUGGCAACCCGACGCAUGGCAUCCGGCUUGCCGAGCCGCCCAGAUGAACAGUUACGAGCGAGAAGAGCCGCUGCUGCCGGAUAUAUGGAACCGAGUGAAGAUUUGCAGAGCGCGCCUCGGAGGAUUCGCAGAGAAGGAGAGAACAUUCGGAUCGCCAUUCAACAGCCGGUACAGACGAAACCCGCACUGAUACCAUCGACUGCCUCUACGCGGCGACCAUCCAUUCCGAUGCCUUCUACCCGACCACCUUUAACUCAUCAGACCCAGUCAUGGAGUUCUAAUAGCACAGCUCCCGAAAGACCCAGCCAUGCUCCGACCAUGUCUGGCUCUUCGACAUCUGGCCAGUCUCAAUCGAGUGUUGCCAAGCCGAAACGCAACGUACUGCGGAGAAAGCAGUCGUCUGUCACCCAGAAGACACCUAGUCUGCGCCACGAUUCGAAUACCGACUCAACUCGAGGAAGCUCAUCUUCUUCAGCUCCACGAUCCCGGUCUUCAAUGGAACCGGCUCCCUACCACUUUGACCGCGGCAUGACCGAGAGCCCAACCGAAAUUCGCAUUGCACACGUUAUCGAUCUGCCCAAGACCCAAGCGCAACCUGUUACAAUCUAUCCCGAGCUUGAUCGAUACAGGGAGAUCUAUGGGCGACCCUCUACGUCUUCAGAGGGGUCUAGCGUUGAUUUCCUUCACAGGCUGGCCACGCACGAUCUUCCACCGCCGACGCCCGUUUUUUCCGGCAACAGCAGCCAGCUGAGUGCUUUCAGUGGCAGCCCUUCCACGAGGUUCUCUGAAUCAACCAGCCCGGGUCCAUACAGUCGUGACACCACUCCCACCUCCAUGUCGUCACAGUCGCCAGGGCUGGUAGUCCCGAUGCGACUGCCUGUACCCCGAGUGAGGCAAGUGAGUCCGGCGGUGACGCGGCCACCAGUCGCCCGGAGAAGAGCCGGCAGCAUACCGAAUGAGAUGGAGGCGUUUAGCGCCGACCGCCAAGGGCUUGCCGCAGUACGUGAGUCUCUGACUUCGUCAUCGUCAAACUCUACAGUUCGAGAAGGAGACCGCAAAGAUUCCAAGAAGAAGAAGAAGAGGUUGUCGCCCCUACCCCCGAGCCCCCCGCCACGGAAGUCGUCCCAGAAGUUCGCCAAGGAUCAAGACAAUGACGAGUCUCCAUCAAAGGCCUCCCGAGAGCCGGCCGUACCAGUCUUGACAGCCCCGUCGCCUAUUCAAUCUCCUCCACGACGAACACCAGCCGCUUCACCUAGAGCAACCCCACCUGCUCGUCCCAGCCGAGACAACACCCCGGCCUUGCAAUCCCAGCUGUUUGGUCCCUUGCCCAUCAUCCAUAGCAAUCUAUCAUCGUCCUCCCUGUUAGGCGAAAGACGUGGGCCGGAGCCGCAGCCGAUGUCGCGGUCGACGACUCCCUUAUCAUACCCAGACAACCCGCAACAAACCUCUCGUUUGCCGGUGGGCAGGGAGGCUACACCCGCCCCGCGGUCGGCGAAUGCCGUGGACACGAAGAAGAAGAAGGACAGGACCGUCACUCGUACCCCGAGCCCCGGUACAUCGACAUUCUCUCGGUUCCCCUUCUUUGGUCGGCGGUCUAAAACAGCACCGGAGGUUCCCCCCCAGGUCGAUAAGAAGGACAAGCCGGCUCGUAAGGGUCCAGCCGCCGGCACUGGGCACGAAGGUUACGGACGCCUGGGAGGUCUCCGAAGACGAAGCGGAAGCUCAACAACAAAUUUGGCCCGCCCGAGUCUGGGACCUGGUUCUUCUCAAGACAGCCUCAACAGCAAUCAACCGACCGACCCUUUCUUGCUGGAGCGUAUGAACCCCGUUAUAAUUUCCGGCGGAGGACUCAUCGACAACAGAAAUAACAGUGUAGACUUGGACCGGUCAGAGAGCUAUCAGAGCCUUGGAUACUCCUCGGAGGUGUCCACAACUUCCAGCAUUGGGCGAAGCCUAGCCCCAUCAGCCAUUCCUCGAGGUGGUCCUCAUCCCUCCCUUGGUCGUCGUCGGCCUUCCGACAGCAGCGACUCCGAGGCCGUUACCAUGAGGCCCACCUUGGCGUUCAGGCGAUCUGUUCAGCGUUUGCGUUCGUCCCCGGACCAGAGUCCGCUGAAGCUACCUCAACCCAUCAACACCACUGGAAUCACAUCGCCGUCAAUCAACAGCCACGAUACAAGCAUUCUCACGGAUGAUUCGCAAUUCGAAAUGCACAGAGAGGUCAUUCGAGGCCGCAUUGCUGCAGCCACUGCGACAACCCCGAAGAAGCUCACCAAGCGUACACGCUCUCCAAGGAAGUGGAAUCUCUUCAGCCGAUCUCAGAGCCAGCCAAACACCAAGAAGUCAGACAAGGAUGCUGUGCCAGUGGCUGCGACCGUUAAAGUAGUACAGCACAAGCCUGCUGCAUUUUACACUCUGAUGGACGGUUCCGAGCAGGAAGACAUUGGUACACCAGACGUCGAAGAGAUCCUUCGGGAGGCUGAAGUCUUUGAUCUCCCAUCUCCGCCUGUUCUGAAAGAAAGACGAACAUCCUCUGCAAGCCAAAGCAGCAGAAGAGAAUCCUUGAGCAGGCUUUUGCAGCCAACCAAGUCAUCGCAGGCUCGGAGGAACUCGGCGACUGCCAGGUCAACUUCGAUCCCAGCAAUUCGGUCCAUGAAACCUGCCCACACACCUCAGUCUAGUGUUUCGAAGCCAACUGAACCGCGCCCAAGUCGCCUGCCUCAAGUCGGUCGGAUUCCCAAGGUUGUGACCUCUCGGCCAGAGCACACUUCCUCGAGAAGCUUUUCCCGGCCUUUCAACAGGAUCAGCGUGCAAAUGCCGCCGCAAGCUGCAGGCUUCAACCCCGACUUUGUUGCUUCGGGUGCGACCCCGACCCCAGAGCUUUCUACACCUGAACUGUCUCGUGGAGAAUCCACCGCGACCAGCGACAAGACCAACUCGGACCCUCGUUCUUCUCUCGUUCCCGUCAAGACGCCCGAGAUGGUUCAGAUCGCUAGAGAGUUUUUGGCGUUUUCUCCUCGAAAGAACUCCGAGUGCACCACGAGCACUGAUUCCAGCAGCCUCGGCAUGUACACCCUUGCAGAUGCCAUGGCUUACGUGCCCGAUCCCAAUGCCCCCCUUGUUGAGGACGAGAUCUGGGAUGAGUACAAUGAUUUGAUUGGCGACGUACCACCAUCUGCGACAUCCUCAAAGGGCGCCCCGUUCCAUCUCGAGACCCACAGCUCACGAAUGUCAAAGAGAUCGUUGAAGCCUCUCGAGUCUCCUACCAUUGCGCCGUCUUUGAAAACUCUAGAGAAGAACAUCGAGGUCGAAAAGGGCGCAACAACGUCUAGUGUCUAUUCCGCUGACAUGACUGAGCGUCUCAAGGCUGCCUUUGCGUUGAAGCCUGAAGGGGAGAUUCUCGUGCCCGUUGGCGAAAUUCCUGCUAGAGUCAUUGACCGCGAGAGCACCGAGCUGGCACGCAAGGCGACAGCCGCAUCUCAGAGAAGCAGUGGCUCGUCUCGGAGAUCACGACAGUCCGACUGCAGCUGCAAGUCUUCCGAGGACGAGUCGCCGCUCUCUCAAGUCAACCUCCGCGUCGGUUCGAUGACGGUCAGCAAGUGGUUGUCUUUUGGUCAUGUGCUUUUCAGCCCGGCCCGGGACCAGCUUUUGGACGUUGUCGGCUCGCUGAAGCGCCACUCUAUUCUCGUUGUUGAUGGUCUUGGCAAUGACGACUGGUCAUUCUACGCAGCGGAGACGUACCCUGCCGCCACCUUCUUUAACUUGUCACCCCGAGCUCCGUUGCCAGAGGAGCAUAAGAACUCAUCAAGCUUCCCUUUGAGUCCGCCAAAUCAUCAUCAGACUCAAUACCUCUCUCAGAUGGACAAGUUCCCUUUUGGCGCAGAGAGCUUCACCUCGGUGGUCUUCCGCUUCCCCGCUGCCGCGCCCGAGUCUCACUAUCGGAACAUUGUUUCGGAAGCACGUCGGGUUCUCAAGCCGGGUGGCUACCUGGAGCUCUCGAUUCUUGACGUUGAUCUCAAUAACAUGGGCAACCGGGGAAGGCGUACUGUCCGUCGAUUGAAAGAACGCAUUCAUGUGAACAACCCGGAGACCAGUAUUGGCUCAUCCUCCGACCUCAUUCUACGCCUGCUUGGGCGCAAGGGCUUUUCCGAUGUCAAGAACUGCCGCGUCGGCGUGCCGGUGGCGAGCGUUGUCACCCGAUCAGAGAGCGGCAGCAAGAAACCACCUGUGUCUAGCACCCGUAAGGCCAAGGAAGUUCGCAGUCUGGCCGAGAUGAUGAAUGAAGAUGGCGACUCGGCUGAUGAGAACAUCACCAAGAUGGUGGCCAAGGUGGGCCGGUGGUGGUACAGCCGCUGCUACGAGAGCGCAGCUGGUACCAUUAGCAAGAGCAUCUGGUCUGAUCGUGCAUUACUUUCCGAGUGCGAGGAGCUACGAACAAGCUUCAAGCUCAUGGUCUGCUACGCGCGUGUACCGGAUAGGGCGCGAACCGCAAGUAUCUGAGUUUUCCAGGUCUCUUCAUUCCUUGUCUGUUUCAGCCUGGUUUCCUUACUACCCUCAUUUCCUACCGCAACGCACAUGACCCAUUCCAACGUAUCUCUAUCACAAGGGCAUUAUUACUGGGGCUUUGGAACAGAAGAGGAAGCAUCGCAAGAUCCAAGAGGGCGCAAGCCCAUCGUCGACUCUGUCCCACGAGGAACUGAGUCUUUCAACCCCUUUUACACAACGAAGCAGAGCAGCCGGUGAACACAGCACGGCGUUUGCGACAGGGCUUAUCUCAUCUAUCCGCUCUUGGCUGAGUGGAUUUGGACAGUCCUUCCAUCAUCCCUUACUGUCAUAUUUUCCUUGUCAUUUA